GCUAGAAGAGGCGGGACUUAGCCUGUCCUAUGUCAUCAACUCACGGCGCUUUGUUGAAAAGAAAGAAGGAGGAAAACAUUUGGAUUUAUUGUAAACAAGCCGGGUUAAGCUAAGAUAACGUGUCAGUUGUUUUGCUGUACUGAAAAGACAGCGAAGUGUGCAGUUACACCAAGGUCGACCGGUGAAAAGUGGCGUUGCUGUGGGACUAAAUCUGUUCGGUUAGCAUUAAUUAGCAUUAGCCACUACAGGAGGCUGUCCAGAUUGGAGCGGAAGGAAUUCCAGACGUUGGGAAGAAGGGGAGAAAUCAAUGCUAAGAUGUCUCCCGCAAGUUGGAUAACAAUUUAUUUUACACUUCCACCAGGAUGUAUGGCAUCAUGAACCCGGAGCGUGUGUCCGCUUGACCGAUAUAUCACCGAACGAGCGAUUUGAUGAUGAUUUUGUAACUGCUAAUGUCACCAGUUUAGCGAGUUAGCCACGUAGCUACGUAGCUUUCAGUGGGAAGACAUUUAAAAUGGCGGAGGGUUGGUCCAUUCCUUCGGCCCUGGUCUUCACGCUAUUGAGUCUGAACGUCUGGGCCUUUGAGCCGUGUCCUGCUCCGUGCUCGUGUUUUGAAGGACAGGAUGGGGUCCAUGUUAUGGACUGCAACAGAAAAAGGCUGUCGACGGCUCCUUUCGAGCCACCUGACGGGAUAAGCCAAGUCACCAUGAAUCACAAUGAGCUCACUGCUCUUCCGUUUCUUGGAGACGUCUCCUCAAACAUCACCUCGUUGUCAUUAGUCCACAAUCGGAUCUCGGAGCUGUUGAUGCAUCAGCUGCAUCCAUAUGUUGCCUUGGAAACCUUGGAUCUGACGUCUAACUUCAUCUCAGAGCUCAAAGUUGGAUCCUUCCCAACUAUGCAGUUGAAAUAUUUAAAUUUAAGUAAUAACAAGAUCAGUGUCCUUGAGCCUGGUUGCUUUGAGAACAUCUCCAGCUCCUUGCUGGUACUGAAGCUAAACAGAAACCGAUUAGUCAUGCUGCCAACCAAAGUCUUCAAACUUCCUUCCCUUCAGUUCCUUGAAAUGAAACGUAACAAGAUCAAGACAGUGGACAGUUUGACAUUUAAAGGGAUGGACUCACUGAAGUCACUUAAAAUGCAAAGAAACGGUAUCACUAAGCUUAUGGAUGGAGCAUUUUUUGGACUUAACAGCAUGGAAGAAUUAGAGUUGGAGCACAACAACCUCACUGAGGUCACCAAAGGUUGGCUGUACGGCCUGCGCAUGCUGCGUUUCCUGCGGGUCAGCCACAAUGCUGUUGGCACCAUCCAACCAGAUGCCUGGGAGUUUUGCCAAAAGCUGGAAGAACUGGACUUGUCGUUUAAUCAUCUGACUAGACUCGACGAGACAGCUUUUCAAGGAUUGGGUUUCCUAGAGAACCUAAACCUGGGAGAGAACUCUAUCAGCCAUUUGGCAGAGGGAGUGUUCAGCGGUUUGACAAGUCUGCAGACUCUAGAUAUCCGCAAUAACGAAAUCUCCUGGGCAAUUGAAGACUCCAUUGGUUUAUUUGACGGAAUGAAGAAGCUGAAAACCCUAAUCCUCCAGCGGAACAAAAUCAAAUCGAUCACAAAGAAAGCAUUUGAGGGCCUCGAGGAGCUGGAGCACCUUGACCUCGGCAAGAAUGGCAUCAUGUCGAUACAUCCUGAGGCGCUUUCCCAUAUGAAGCUCAGAGUGUUUGUCCUGAACACGAGCAGCCUCCUGUGUGACUGCCAUAUGCAGUGGCUGGGGCCUUGGCUGAUUGACAACCAGUUCCAGGAUUCUGUCUCUAUCUGUGCUCAUCCCUCCAGUCUACUUGGUCGCAGUGUUCAGUCCAUCAGCCUGGAGGAGUUUGUUUGUGACGAUUUCCCCAAGCCUCAAAUUACGACUCACCCAGAGACGUCCGUGGCCCUGCGGGGGAACAACGUCAGUCUGAGCUGCAUUGCAUCCAGCAGCAGUGAUUCACCGAUGACCACAGCUUGGCGAAAGGACGGGGAGGUGCUGUAUGAUGCAGAUGUGCAGAACUUUGCCCGGUACCAGGAAGGCGAGCUCAUUUACACCACUGUGCUUCACCUGCUCAAUGUCAACUUCACCGACGAGGGCCGGUAUCAGUGUGUGGUCUCCAAUCACUUUGGCUCCAACUAUUCCAACAGGGCCAAGCUCACUGUAAAUGAGCUGCCAUCAUUCCUCAAGACUCCAAUGGAUCUGACAAUCCGGACUGGGACUAUGGCCAGGCUGGAGUGUGCUGCUGAAGGCCAUCCGUCACCCCAGAUCGCUUGGCAGAAGGAUGGAGGCACCGACUUUCCUGCUGCCCGCGAGCGCAGGAUGCAUGUGAUGCCAGAAGAUGACAUCUUCUUCAUUGCCAACGUGAAAACAGAGGACAUGGGAGUGUACAGCUGCACAGCUCAAAAUGCAGCUGGCAGCCUGUCUGCAAACGCUACUCUCACCGUCCUGGAAACUCCAUUCUUCUUGCGCCCCCUGGAAGACAAAACGGUGGCUCGCGGUGAAACCGCCGUGCUGCAGUGUAUUGCUGGAGGGAGCCCUUCUCCCCGACUCAACUGGACCAAAGACGACGGCACCCUGACGCUCACCGAGCGCCACUUCUUUGCUGCUGCCAACCAGCUCCUGAUCAUUGUAGACGCUGGCCCUGCCGAUGCUGGGAAAUACACCUGCAUCAUGUCUAAUACUCUGGGGACGGAGCGUGGCCACAUCCUGCUCAGCGUGUCGCCAUCGGCUAACUGUGACACGGGUGCAGGGUAUGAUCAGGACGGCUGGACCACUGUGGGCAUCGUGGUUAUUGUGGUGGUGUGUUGUGUUGUUGGAACCUCACUGGUCUGGGUCAUUGUCAUCUACCAAAUGCGCAGGAGAAGCGAAGACUACAGUAUCACCAACACGGAUGAGAUGAAUUUACCAGCAGACAUUCCCAGCUACCUGUCCUCCCAGGGGACGCUGUCAGAGCCUCAGGAAGGCUACAGUAACUCUGAGGCAGGCAGCCACCAGCAGCUCAUGCCUCCUUUCUCCAAUGGAUAUAUUCAUAAGGGAACAGAUGGUGUCUGUUAUGGAGACGCAAGCAGCGAGAUAGAAGCUGAGGGGAAUGGGAUGCUGCAUUGCAGGAUGGGUUCUCUGUUCACUGGCCGUAGUAGCUUCCACCCUGGAGAGCCCCAUGAUGGACUGGGUGGACUUCCUCCAGGUGGUGCAGGUCAGCUGGUCAUCUGCUCCGACUGCUACGACAACGCCAACAUCUAUUCUCGCACACGGGAGUACUGCCCUUAUGCCUAUCUGGAGGAGGAUGACCCACUGGACAGAACUCUACCAGGUCUGAGGGAGGGUUUCAGCAAACAUGCCCAGCACAAGGGCACCACAGGACUGGAGAGCCUCAUUAGCAACCAAGACUCCUCAGGGUUCCUGACCUCACACGACAAAAGCAGCGUCAUCCCCCCAGAACACUAUGCUAAAGACACAGUUUGCAGGUCGUUGUGGGGACAAGAGGAAGAUCCUUCCUGGAAGCCUCACCUGGGAGUGUCCCAGCACACAGUGACUCUACACAGGACACCCGUUGUGACUUCGCCUGCUGACAGGGCAGAGGAAGCAGAGGUGGACUGUUUAGCCAGGCAGUGCACACAGCAGCACAGAAGUGCCUCUACAAGGACUAACCCUCAGGAGCACCCUGCUCCCACGUAGGUCCUCAUGCACCACCCACUUUCUGCCUCUGACUCCUUAUUGCUGCACCACCUUCCCAUCACCCACUACCUCCAAAGAGACUCCUCACAUUCUGCCAAAGAUGCUCUCUUGUAUGUUUACAUUCCCCCUUCACUCAAGAGGACACGCUAACAUUAUCCACUAUUGAAAGACUGCUGUCAGGCUGGAGACAUGGACCUGUGAUUAAAGUAAGCUCCUGCUUGACAGCUCCACCUCUGCAGACCCCCUGUCACUUCCCUUUGUCAUCUUUCUAGAGAAAUCUAUGAAUGUAUGCUUUAAAGAGCCAUGCAAGAGAGAAUGCCAACACACGGUCGCGUCUCCACAAGCUCUGUCCCUCGUCCCUGCUGCUAUGGAACUCUAAUGGUACGUUGGUGUGGACACGCCUGCAGUUUUACACAUCAUCUCUGGUACAGACACCGGCUGGAGCAGCCGACAUGACUUUGCUUGAAUCUACAAACCAUCUCCUCCCAAGCGCGGACAGAGGGUUUUAAAAGGGUGAAGUUCUCUGACCAGCAGAUUGUGGUUGUUAAUAUAAAAGAACCUUGAAAGUAUACGUCCCGCGUUCCCACACUUACAGUGACUGAUUCCAAUCUGAACUGUGAUCUGUAGCUGUUUUUGCAGAGACGGUGACACCAAAAUGUGGUGUAUAUUAUGAACACACAUGAAUAUCCUGUAUCCGCUUUAUCUGAAUUUGUUUUUGUCUUGUGUCAAAAUCAAAGGGUUCAUUGAUGAUUUUCUGACUAAGCAGUUUGGGUAGAACUCAGUUCUUUGCACAUGUGACAAUCCUAGUUUUGCUGGCCGUCUAAGCGGUUGUUUAUUUGAUGGCCUUUCCAACAACCUCGAUCAGCUGACGUGGUUUCUCUACGAAAUGCACUGAUUUGUUUUGACUUGUCAUGUCUUACAGGCACUUAAUUUAAUGGUGCUGAUCUUUAUUAUGCAGUGUGCAUGUUGUUUCACAUUGUGGGGAUUUAGCAUCACGAUUCUAAUCUCUAAACGUUCACAAUCCUCCUGUAGAUAUUGAUUACGCCUAGAAUUUCACUUGGGACUGUGAAAAAUGAGAAUGUAUUGUAUUAUUUUAUGUAUGUAUGUGUACAUAAAGCUAGUUAUCUAUUGAAUUCAAUGUCGGUUGCAAGGAGACGUGACAUAUGACUCACUGCAGUAACUUUAAAAUCGUAUUUAUUUAAUGCCCCUUUAGCCGCAGUGUUACAGGCGAUUACACGGUGGUUCAGGAACACGAUGGAAACAGUAGAUGCAACGUUUGCUUUGUGCGUUUGAAAGGAUGUGGACUUGAUCAGGUUUGAUCCCGUGCGUUGUCUUUGUUAAGUCCUCCUCAUUGCUGCACUUGCUGAUGCCGUGUAGUAACUCAGCCCUGCAACAAUGUCUGAAUCCUCCUCCAACUGUCUCUCGUGUCUGCUGCGUUUAUGAGGGCAAGCAAAUUAAAACAAUGCAGAAUAAACAUCUCGAAGGAUCACGUCACCGUGUGCAGCACAUUCAUACCUAUAUUAAAGUAUUUAUUGCAGGACGUUACCAUCGGCUGCUGUCAUUGUGAGGUUUAUUUGUGUGUGAUGAAGGCUUUUGCUGCCUGCUGCUUUUGUUCUGACCUUCUCGUAGUGAGACAGAAUGUUUGAGGACACUAAAAGGCAGAUGUGAGACCGUGUGGCUCAGAUCUAACCCCACCGUUAGUUAGAACCUUCCUACUGUAGCAGACUGGCUACUGGCUGGAGGUGAAGGCGUCUUCACCUCCACGCCCUCAGUGCAGCAUGCCUGUCAUUCCUGCACUCAUUGUUUGGUUCCAACUUGUUUUCGUAUUGUGUCAGGUCAUGUUUGCAUCUUAAUUACCAAAAUCAGGACAUUCCUCUGUACUAAAUAGAUAGUGAUCCAGUUUUCCAAGCCAAGACUGUAGAAACAAUGUCGCUUUCCUUGCUCUGUGUUUCGUCGCACUCCUUUUAAAGGUUCUUUCCUACUGUUGACCGAGGGCACUGCCACUGUCCAAGUCAUCAGCAAAUUCAAAUGAAAACUUGCGGUGAGAAGUUGUCCUAAUGGAGCAACGUCCCCCAAGGGACAAACAUUGAUUCAUUGUCAAUAUUUUCUGCCAACACAGCAAAACGCAAUGUGCAUCCGUGUUGUUUUCUUCCCUGAACGUCCUCGUGACUUUAUACCAAAGUUUAGCAGUAACUGCUCUGGAAAUAUGUGCUGCUUUUUUAAAAAAAAGUUUUGCCUUUCUUGUUUGUUUUAUCUUGUUUUUAUGUACAUUCUGUAAAGUAUGUCUAAAGACCCCUUUUUGUUACAUAGCCAUUACGCAAAUAUUAAAAAUGAAUUUUCAUAGUUCUGUUUGAA